ACUGAAAUAAAUAUACAGGUUCAAAUAUAUAUAUUUGAAGAAUACCAAAGUUAAUGUAGAAUUCAGUAAAAAUAAAUAAAGACAAUAAAAACACCAGUUAAAACAAAUAAGUCUACCCACUCAUUUGAAAUGCUCUGCCAGUUAAUUAGGUCUCUAAUGAGACCUGUUGAAGGUGGAAACAAAGUCCAAGAAAUGAUGCAGUCCUGAAGUUGUAUGACAACUAAGUAAGGCCACACAGUAAGACAAAAAAUCUGUCCAUCCGUCCCAUUCUCUUCUUAAACGCCUUGAAACGAUUUCAUUUGGUACAAACAUUCACAUAAACUCAAGAAUAAAGGGAUUAGAUUUUGAUGGUCAAACACGUGAACAUGCUAAUUAACAGCAACUGGACUGGAUGCUGUCCUCUUAUGAUUCUGAUUAUUUUCACAAACAAGUAGUACAUUAUCUCAAUUAACAUGAGAAGUGAAUUAUUGUAUGCUUGCUGUUCCUAUAAAACAAAAAUCCAGUUUAUGGAAAGUUUCUAACUUCAUGAGGUAACAUAAUUCUUGCUGUCUACCAAGUUACCUAACAACACCCCUGCUCUCUCCUGACUAUUCUCUGCAGUUUGGGUCAAAGUGUUUGCCUAACUGUUUUGGAUGUGUCAUCAUCCUGUAAGAGCAGUGUCAACAAACAUCUCAUUAACAGCCUCAUUAAGCAGAGUUGUUCCAGCUUUCAGCAAGGGAGUAAAGUACAAUUCAGCUGUGAGCUUCUUUCUCAUGAGGACUAACCCUGACCUUAACAAUCAGAGAGAAGCAGGCAGAAGAAGUUUAGAAGUCUGAGGUAAAAAACAAAAAACAAAAACAAAAAAAGUUUGAGUUUAUGGACAUGCCGUAUUUUUUAUGUCAAAAGUACAAUUGGAGUCAUUAAUAGUCCAUGCUACUUUUACAAGUAAUAUUAUUUACCUGGACGUCAACAUUGUCAACAAACCCCAUGAAAAUACUAAAAGCAACAAUGAAUUUAUCAAAUGUCAAGUAUUGCUUGUAUAUGGCAUGGCCACUGAAAUUUAUGUAAUUUAGGGUGCAUUGUAAAUGCAUGCCUUGGCCUUGCAUGACAUAAUGCUGCUAAUUCAUGAAAGUUAUUGCUGGCAUCAGCUGCACGCACAUAACUGUGUUGCACUCCAUCUGUUCGUAACAGGAACAGUCUCAGAACCCUUUGAACCUUUUGAUUGAAUUGAGUACGUAUGUUAUCAAAUCGAUGAAGCUGUUUUCUUAAUUUGACUAUUUACAUGUGUUUUCUUAAGUCGACAAGGUGGUACCACAAGAUGGUGAUCCUAGUUGAGAUUGUUCUAACUUUACAACUAACUUUAUUUCAGCAGUGGUUGAGGUAUAGGAUAUUUAGAGAAUGAGAAUUGUGCCACUGUAAACUGUCCACAAUGUUAAGACAAGACUGAGGAAUAAAGACUUGAUUUGACCAGGCUAGUCUAAUAGUUUUUUUCAGACUGACUGUCUUACAUCCAAUAGACACAGGGGAUCAGACAUUGACCUUACUAACAUUAACUCAGAGGAGGACUCAUCUUAUUGGCCACUCCUGUUAAAACACUUAAAGUCUGGCAGAGCUUCAUCAUCACAACACAGGAGGGUGUCUACAUUAAUCCCUGAACUGAUGACAGGAAAGUUUGACAAUGGAGUUUUUCAACUCUGCGCUCGGGAGAAACAUCACCUUUGUGCGUCCUGCAUAUUUCAUAAUAAGUGGAUUUACUGGCAUACCUAACAUCAAGUUUUACUAUGUCUUUCUCUUUUUUGUUUACAUUGUUUCAGUGGUGGGAAACAUAGCAGUGAUGACUGUAAUAUGCUUGGAUCAUAAUCUGAGAACUCCUAAAUAUAUUGCAAUUUUUAACCUUGCCUUUACAGACCUGUUUGGUAGCUCUGCUCUGGUGCCAAAGGUUAUUGACACCUUUCUGUUUAACCAUCACUACAUCCCCUACAACGACUGCUUGACAUACAUGUUUUUCUGCUACAGCUGUCUUUCAAUGCAGGCUCUUAAUCUGGUUGCACUCUCCUAUGACAGACUAAUAGCUAUCAUCUUUCCACUGCACUAUCAAGUGAAAGUGACUCACAGGUUCAUGUUUUCUUUGAUUGCUUCUUUCUGGGUCUUUGUCAUUAUUGCUACACUGAUAGCAGCCGGCCUUCUCACAAGACUCUCCUACUGUCAGUCUGUGGUUAUUAACAGCUAUUUCUGUGACCAUGGACAGAUAAAAGAACUUGCCUGUAAUGACAACACUCCCAACAAUGUUAUUACUCGUUUGUCACCACUUGUUAUUCUUUGGAUUCCACUGGCAUUUAUCCUGUGUACUUACCUUUAUAUUGGCUAUGCACUGUCUAAAGUAGCUACAGUUCAGGAAAGAGUGAAGGCCUUCAAAACCUGCACAGCUCAUCUUUCCUUAGUGACAAUCUAUUUCAUUCCAAUAUUAGUCACAUUUACUCUGAGUGCAAAAAUACAUCCAAAUGCCAGGAUCAUAAACCUGUCUCUGACCUCUGUCAUUCCUCCCAUGUUGAACCCAGUCAUCUAUGUUCUGCAGACACAAGAAAUCAAAGUAUCAGUGAAAAAAUUAUUAAGAAUCAGAAAGCAAUCCAAAAUUACAGUGAAGAGAGUAAAAAUGACCAUUUCUGUUUAGGACAUUGUGUACAUUACAGGAAAAUCAUUGAAGUACCAGCUAUGGUAAUUACUAGAUACUUUCAUAACAUCCCACAAAUGUUUUAACAUGAAUUUGUUGAGCAAAAAUGAGACUGUAAAUAUUUAUUAGAAUGAAUUUUGAAAUCAAGUCAUAUUUUUAAAAGAUAACUAAAGGUAACAGUCUACGCUAUGAUGAUACAUCUACAGUGAGACUAGUAUUCUGCGUAUUGUAUUAAUUUGUUAUUAUGUGUGAUAACUGCAAGUAUAAUAUCUACUUCAAACAAUUUCUUGUAAUCAAACAGUUUGUGCCUCUGCAUAUGUUGUCUUGAUGGAGUCUACUAUUGAAUUUUUUAUAUUAUUUUCAUCUUUUGGUGUGAAAUUCUAGCUCACAGGGCACGUGGAGACUGCAGGUAUAAUAUAACUGCUACUUUUUAAUUUUAUUCACAAAUAUUCCUGUCUGCUACCUAGCACUUAAUUGUGCAUUAUUGUUCUGACUAUUGUUUCAUUUGCUUCACUGUAUGCCUCGACAUCAACAUCAAAAUUGCCUUUUUAUCUCUUGCCCAACCAAGUUCUCAGGAAACCUGAGUGUGGUGUUUCAUGAGCAGCUUUCCUCCUCUGACCAUAUUGCAUCUGCCUCCCAGUCAUGCUGCUUUGUAUUAUACAACAUAAUAAAAGCUUUACCCAACUCAGUACACCACUCAGCUUUUGGAAUAGGCCAUGGUUUUCCCUGACCUUGACGACUGCGAUGUCAUUCUAGUGUGUCUCCCUUCAUGCACAGUGGAAUCCUUACAAAUGGUCAAGAAUGCAGUAGUGCGUCCGGUCACUAAUGCUUGCCUACAGAGUGAUCAGGUUGUUCUUGUUUGUGGUUUCCCGAUGGUGGAAGAAGUAACCAAAUACUAUCAGAGCAGGUGCAUCUCUUUCUAUCUUCAAGAGUAUGUUGAAGACUCAUCUCUUACAAGAGCACUUCCUCUCCUGACCUAGAACACCCUAACAUGCUUAACUCACUCUUACUGUGCACUUCUUUACCUGAUCUCUUUACAGUUUUAGUACUUAGUGUUUACUCCAAGAUCUCCUACUAUACUGAAGCUUGAGUGUUAUCCGUUAAGUCUAGGUGGUUUUGGAUAAAAGUGCCAAAUGAGUAAAUGUAAAUGUAAAUGUAUGUAAAUGUUCCUUAGCUGAGAUCAACUAAU